CACUGAGCAUGCGCCCUGUCCUGCAUCUGCCAUAAUUAUGUAUGCCGCUGAUAUGCGUGCGGGAUGCGAGCUGUGAUGGAAUGCUAAGCCAACGAAACCGACUGCGGAGUUUAGGAGUGUGUCAGUCCGUGUUAGCUGGAUAAACCGAACCGUACCGGCGGGAGGACAGGAGAUAUGUGCGCCGCGAUGUACGUGUUGUCCACCGUGACGGGAUAUGUUCUCACCUCCGUACUGCUUUUUAAAUGUCCGUCACUUUUGCAUCGGAAGAAACGGGAGACGUUCAGGGGCAGACACAUAUCGCACCGCGGAGGUGCAGGUGAAAACUUGGAGAACACCAUGACAGCUUUCAAACAUGCGGUACAUUUGGGCACGGACAUGUUGGAGCUGGACUGCCACCUCACCAAGGACGAGCAGGUGGUGGUGUCACAUGACGCCAACCUGAGGAGGUCGACGGGCGUUUUCGCCAACAUCUCGGACCUGGCGUACAACGAGCUGCCUCCUUACCUGUGCAAGCUGGAUGUCACCUUCCAGAAAGAGUGCUUCUGUGAGGGGGGAGAGGAUAAGCGCAUUCCCCUGCUCAGGGACGUGUUCGAGGCCUUCCCCAACACCCCCGUCAACAUCGACAUCAAGGCCAACAACGACACGCUCAUCAGCAAGGUCUCAGAGCUGGUGGUGAAAUAUGACCGUGAGCACCUGACCGUGUGGGGAAACUCCAGCAAUAAGAUCGUGCAGAAGUGCUACCAGGAGAACCCGCGCAUCCCCAUCCUGUUCAGUAUGAAGCGGGUUCUGGUGCUGGUGGGGCUGUUCUACACCGGCCUGCUCCCCUUCGUGCCCCUCCGAGAGCAGUUCCUGGAGAUCCCCAUGCCCUCCAUCUUCACCAAGUUGAAAGAUCCCAGGCGAUUGACUAAGAGCCAGCGUUUCAUUACCUGGGUGGCUGAUACGCUACUGAUGAGAAAAGCCUUAUUUGACCACCUGACCGCCAGAGGAAUUCAGGUCUAUGUGUGGGUGUAUAUAUGUGUAUAUAUUUGCAGGUCUAUGUGUGUGGGUGUAUAUAUGUGUAUAUAUUUGCAGGUCUAUGUGUGGGUGUAUAUAUGUGUAUAUAUUUGCAGGUCUAUGUGUGGGUGUAUAUAUGUGUAUGUAUUUGCAGGUCUAUGUGUGGGUGCUGAAUGAUGAAGAGGAUUUCCAGCGUGCAUUUGCUCUGGGAGCCACUGGGGUGAUGACAGACUACCCCACCAAAUUGAAGGAGUUCAUGGAGAAACAGAGCACCUAAACACCCCCUGACCUAUGACCCCACUGAACAUCCAAACCACUUCUUCCUAACUCCCCCAACAAUAAUCCAAACCACGUCCACCUAAUGUGCCCUGAACAUCUAAACCACCUUCCUUCUCACCAUGUGACCUGUGACCCUCCACCGCCCCCCCCCCCCCACCCCCGUCACGUCCAGAGGAUUACCCAGAAUCCCCCUGUGCACUGCCCAUGGUGACCCACCUGUUCAUAUGCACACACAUUUACCUGCCAGCAUUGAGCACAUAGAUUACAGGCCUGCCAGCUCUCUACCUCUCACAUUCUGUCUUUAUACACAUCCUUCUUACAUCCUUAUACACAUCCUCACUCACAUCCUUAUUACAUGCUUAUACACAUCCUCACACACAUCCUUAUUCACAUCCUUAUUCACAUCCUUAUUACAUGCUUAUACACAUCCUCACACACAUCCUUAUUCACAUCCUUAUUACAUCCUUAUACACAUCCUCACACACAUCCUUAUACACAUCCUCACUCACAUCCUUAUUACAUGCUUAUACACAUCCUCACACACAUCCUUAUACACAUCCUCACUCACAUCCU